ACGUGCAAGUAAAUAUAUCAUGGCGACGUAUUUAAGUUUUUAACAGAAAGUUAUUUGUCAACGAACAAAGUUGCUAUUUGUGCUAUUCAAAUUAUUUUUAAUUAAUCACAAUGAACUUAUUUACGAGACAAUGUAUGAGAAUUCUUAAAACGACCAAUCAAAUUUGCAUUAAUAAUUCAAAAACAAUUGGUUAUAAAAGUGCUGUUUCUUUGGAAAAUUUAUAUCCUGGAAGUAGCUUGAAGUUAUUUACAGCAAAUUUCGUACCAGAAGAUUCCUCGGCAAAAUUUAAUGGAUAUAUCCCUAUCGAAAAACUAAACAUUACCUACAGUCGUAGUAGUGGUCCUGGAGGACAACAUGUAAAUACUGUAAAUACUAAAGUAGAUUUAAGAUUCAAUGUGGAAAAUGCUACAUGGUUGUCGACUGAAAUUAAGGAUAAACUAUUGGAACAGCAUAAAAAUAAAAUAAAUAGAGAAGGCUUUUUAAUAAUUAAAUCCGAUCUCACAAGAUCUCAACAGUUAAACUUAGCCGAUGCAUUAGAAAAACUUAGAACAUUAAUACGGAAAACUUUGGAAGAGCCACCACAAAUGACCCAAGAAACUGAAGAGAUUAUAAGAAAGAGACAACUCAAAGCUGCGAGAGAAAGAAUUUUUGUAAAAAGAAUACGUUCGCAGAUAAAGCAAAAUAGAAUAGGCGUUCCUGUAGACUUUUGAAUGCAAACGAUAACUAAAUGGAAUUACAAAACUAUAUAGAAGAUGUAUUUUAACGUACAGAAACUAGUAAUAGAGGAAUAAAAUAUAAA